AGCUUCUUUGUAAAAUUCACGAAGGUGGAAAGAACGGUAACGGAGGACGAAAUCGUGGCCGAAUGUUCGUACGGGCUCAAUAUAAUGCAUGUCAGUCGUGGAAUCCAGCGAAACGCGUGGUGUGCGGUGCUCCAUCGAUGAAAGGAAGAACGUGAUUUGAAACGAUAUUUGUGCAUUUCGUGAACACCAAAUGGAAAAAUGCCUUUAUUCAUGUCUUGCAUUAAGCUAUCGAUCCUGAUCUUGAUCAUGAUAUUUUUUAUAUCAAUACCAAUUGAAGGCCAUAGACUUCAUCGAGACAUAAAAAUGGCUCCAGUUACUUCUAUUGAAAAUUUUUUAAAUAAUUCGCAAAUUCGUACUGGAAGGUUUUUAUUCGAUGAAUUAUUCGGUAUCGAUGUUAUCGAUAGUAAUGAUUCAGACGAAGGAAAGCUAAGAAAUUGCACGUGCGAAUGCGGUUUAUCUAAUCAAGAAAAUCGAAUAGUGGGUGGACGUCCUACGGUACCGAAUAAGUAUCCCUGGGUCGCGAGGCUGGUAUACGAUAGUCGUUUCCACUGUGGUGCUAGUCUGCUUAACAACGAUUACGUAAUUACCGCCGCACAUUGUGUACGGAAUUUGAAGCGAUCGAAAAUUCGAGUGGUACUUGGUGACUACGAUCAAUUCGUAAAUACCGAUGGAACUCCUGUUAUGAGAGCAGUGAGUGUUGUAAUACGUCAUAGGAAUUUCGACAUAAAUUCCUACAAUCACGAUGUAGCCUUAUUAAAAUUACGCAAGUCCGUCAAAUUUUCGAAGAAGGUUCGACCAAUUUGUUUACCUCAACCAGGAACCGAUCCUGCCGGAAAAGAAGGGACAGUAGUAGGCUGGGGCCGUACUUCGGAGGGAGGCAUGUUAGCUGGAAAAGUGCAUGAGGUGCAAGUUCCCAUAUAUAGCUUGGCGCAAUGCCGAAAAAUGAAAUAUCGAGCAAAUCGAAUUACCGAAAAUAUGAUUUGCGCCGGUCGAGGUAGCCAGGACUCUUGUCAAGGGGACAGUGGCGGCCCUCUUCUCGUUCAAGACACUGAUAAGCUUGAAAUAGCAGGUAUAGUAUCAUGGGGUGUGGGGUGCGGCAGGCAGGGCUACCCUGGAGUUUAUACCAGAGUGGCCCGAUAUCUCAAAUGGAUCCACGCAAACAUGAAGGAAGGCUGUUUAUGCCAACAGUUUAUAGAGACACAUAUGACAAUAUCGAAACAACUCUCUGGGUACCGGCCGGCUGGCUGCGCCCGCCUUCCCUUCCGGAAUAGCAAUUACCUCUUCGACCUCUCAGUCCUCCAUAGUCGGCGUAGGACGCCGGUGAUAGUCGUUCUCAGUCAGGGACAUGUCCAUGACUCGUUCCUGACGGUGCCCGUGUGGCAACUCUCUCACUCAAAUAUCCACAAAGACAUAAUCAAAGUUAGGAGUGUAUUAUUGGUGCAACAAGUUACUAGGUCGCAAAACAUGAAGCCUUUGUGUCACUUAAUUUUAUUAUUCAUUCUACUUUCGAUAACAAAAAAAUGUCAGGCCGGGACAUUCAAUGACAAAAUGAAAAAUUUUUUUGGACUUUUUGGUAAUAAGCCACCUUACUCCAGCGAUACACCUGCGCCCUGCUACUGUAGUUGUGGUUUGCGGAACGAAGAAAGUCGCAUAGUUGGAGGUCAAACGACGAGUAUGAAUGAGUUUCCAUGGAUGGCUAGAUUAUCGUAUCUAAACAAGUUUUAUUGCGGAGGUACACUUAUAAACGAUCGCUACGUUCUCACAGCCGCACAUUGUGUGAAGGGUAUUAUUUUCAGAUUCAUGUGGUUCAUGAUCAAGGUUACUUUCGGGGAGCAUGAUAGAUGUAUCGAGAAAGGACCGGAAACUAGAUACGUGGUACGUGUUCUAACCGGUGAUUUCAGUUUCCUGAAUUUCGAAAAUGAUAUUGCUCUUCUUCGCCUCAAUGAAAGGGUACCAUUGAGCGAUACAAUACGGCCGAUAUGCUUACCGACAACAUUGGAUAACGAGUACGUGGGAGUUAAGGCAAUCGUGUCAGGUUGGGGUACACUGAAGGAGGAUGGCAAACCAUCCUGUAUUCUCCAGGAAGUCGAAGUUCCAGUCAUGAGUCUUCAGACUUGUCGUAAUACCAGCUACAGUCCCCGAAUGAUUUCAGACAACAUGCUAUGCGCGGGCUAUCUUGAAGGGCAAAAGGAUUCAUGUCAAGGGGACAGUGGUGGACCGCUGAUAACGGAGCGCGAAGAUAAAAAGUACGAACUCAUUGGUGUGGUGUCUUGGGGUAACGGAUGCGCAAGACCUGGGUACCCAGGUGUAUAUACAAGAGUUACACGGUAUAUGGACUGGAUUUUAAACAAUUCAAAAGACGGCUGUUUCUGUGAGAAUAAUUAAUUAUGGUUAU